CCCCCUUUGCAUAAUAUGCCGGGUCCCGAGCCGGCCGAUGAAUGUCUCAGCAGCACAAACACACACAACAACAACAACAACCUCCACCUCCACCGGGGGAAGGAAACGACUGGAACAUGUCUUAUUUGUGACUGGAACCCGGCUGGAGAAGGACGGGGACGGAUUUAAAUGUAGUCCGUUUGGGACUAACCUCGACCGCGGUACCUUGAAGUCAGACUACAAAGGGACGUCAGGUCUGAGCGUGUAAAGAUGGAUACUUUCUUUCUGGAGGGCUCCCGUGUGUGGCUGAGGCAUAAAGAACAGCUCCUGCCCUCCACUGUCAGCUCCUGCGAUGAUGCAUCCAUAGUCCUCACCACUGACUACGGGAAGGUGGUCCACCUGCAGAAGGCCGAGCUGAGCGGGGACACGGCGUACCCCAUGCAGCCCGGCAGCAUCCAUGGAGAGGAGGACAUGUCCCUGCUGGCCGAGCUGCAUGAAGCUGCCAUCAUGCACAACCUCUUUCUGCGCUACCAGAGAGACAACAUCUAUACUAACAUAGGUUCCAUCCUGGCAGCCGUGAAUCCCUACAAGCAGAUCGCGGGACUUUACGACGGCACCUCAGUGGAUUUAUACAGCAAACACCAGAUGGGGGAACUUCCUCCUCACAUAUUCGCCAUUGCCAACGAGUGUUACCGCUGCCUGUGGAAGAGACACGACAGCCAGUGUGUUCUCAUCAGCGGAGAAAGCGGUGCCGGGAAGACUGAGAGCACCAAGCUGCUGCUCAAGUUCCUCUCCGUGAUGAGUCAGAACUCGGCAGGUGCACCUGCCUCGGAGAGAACCACCAGAGUGGAGCAGGCACUCAUCCAGAGCAGUCCCAUCAUGGAGGCCUUCGGGAACGCAAAGACCGUGUACAACAACAACUCCAGUCGUUUCGGGAAGUUCAUCCAGCUCCAUUUCUCCCAGAACGGAAACAUCCAGGGAGGAUGCAUCGUCGAUUACUUGCUCGAAAAGAACCGGGUCGUGCGACAAAAUCCGGGAGAAAGAAACUACCACAUAUUCUACGUGCUGCUAGCAGGAGCCGACAAAGACCACCGAGACAUGUAUUUGCUGUCCAAGGGUCCUGAGUCCUAUCACUAUUUGAGCCAGUCCGGCUGCGUGCAGGACAGCAGCCUGGAUGACAAGCAGCUCUUUGACAGCGUGAUGUCGGCCCUGCAGGUGAUGGAGUUUAGCGAGGAGGAGAUCCGAGACGUCUUCAAGUUACUGUCUGCCGUUCUCCAGAUGGGGAACAUUGAAUUUAUGACCGCCGGUGGAGCUCAAAUCACUUCCAAAGGGGUGGUCUGCAAUGUCAGUGAGCUGCUUGGCCUGGACUCCUUCCAGCUGUCCGAGGUGUUGACCCAGCGCUCCAUGAUCCUGAGAGGGGAGGAGAUCUGCUCGCCGCUCACUGUGGAGCAGGCCGUGGACUCGCGGGACUCUGUGGCCAUGGCGCUUUAUUCUCAGUGUUUCUCCUGGAUCAUAAUGAAGAUCAACCAGAAGAUUAAAGGCAAAGACAACUUCAAGUCCAUCGGCAUCCUAGACAUCUUUGGCUUUGAGAACUUCGAGGUGAAUCGCUUUGAGCAGUUUAACAUCAACUACGCCAACGAGAAGCUCCAGGAAUAUUUCAACAAGCACAUCUUUUCACUGGAGCAGCUGGAAUACAACAGGGAGGGAAUCCAGUGGGAGGCCAUCGACUGGAUGGACAAUGCCGAGUGUCUGGAUCUCAUUGAGAAGAAACUGGGCAUGUUGGCUCUUAUCAACGAGGAGAGUCGCUUCCCCAAAGGCACUGACUACACCCUCCUGGAGAAGCUGCACAGCCGACACGCAACUAACCAGUUCUACGUGAAACCCAGGGUGACCGACCACCAGUUCGGCAUUAAGCAUUAUGCAGGAGAGGUGCUUUACGACGCUCGCGGCGUCCUGGAGAAGAACCGGGACACCUUUCGAGACGACAUAUUGUUCAUUCUCAAAGACAGCAGGCUGGACUUCAUCUACGACCUCUUCGAGCGCGUGGGCAGCAGAAACGGAGACGAGACGUUAAAGAUGGGCACGGCCCGACGCAAGCCCACCGUCAGCUCUCAAUUCAGGGAGUCUCUUCAUUCCCUGAUGGCCACGCUAAGUGCCUCCAACCCCUUCUUUGUCCGCUGCAUCAAACCAAACAUGGCUAAGAAAGCCAACCAGUUUGAUCCAAACGUGGUCUUGAACCAGCUGAGAUACUCCGGAAUGUUGGAGACCGUCAAGAUCCGCAAGGCUGGAUUCCCAGUUCGCCGCACCUUUAAGGAUUUCUUCAACAGAUACAAGAUGAUCCUGAUAAAUAAAGUCCACACGGAAGAUGAGAAGCAGAGUUGUUCGGAGCUGCUGGCACAUGUUGACGGCACAAAGAAAGAGUGGCAGCUCGGAAAAACAAAGGUGUUCCUGAAGGAGGCCCUGGAGCAAAGGCUGGAGAAGGAGAGGGAGGAGGUGCGGCACAAGGCUGGCAUGGUGAUCCGCGCCCACAUCCUCAGUUAUGUGGCAAGGAAGCAGUACAAGAGGGCUUUGGCCGGCGUCGUCACCAUCCAGAAGAACUACCGCGCUCACUUCUGGAGGCGGAGCUUCCUGCGACUGCGCCUGGCCUCCGUGGUCCUGCAGAAGCACCGCAGAGGCCAGGUGGCCCGGUCCCUCUGUCGGCAGCUCAGGGAAGAGAAACGGCAGAAAGAGGAGGAGGAGAGGCGGCGGGUAGAAGAAGAGAAGCGGCGGAAGCGGGAGGAGGAGGAGCGGAGUCGGAAGCGGGAGGAAGAGGAGGAGAAACAGAGGUUGCUGGAUGAGGAGCUGAAGAGGAAGGCGGAGGAGGAGCUGAGGCUCGUCAAGGACACGGAGGAGGAGUGUCUAAAGGCUGCGAAUGGCGACGUUAAAAGGAACUCACUGGUGCUGAAUGGUGCUCGUCAGAAGAAGGCCCUUCCUCAGACGACCUCCCACAACCACGCCACCGACGAAGAGAGCCGCCAGAUGGAGGAGAUCCUGCGGUUGGAGAGGGAAAUUGAACGCCUGCACAGGCAGCAGGAGGACGGCGUGUCUCUUCUCGGGGAGAUCUCUCGUGAGGAGCUGCGCAUGAUGAGGGAGGCGGAGAUCUACCGGCUAGAAAAGGAGGCCUCCCGCGUGGCUACGGAGUUCCUAGAUCUUUUGGACUUUGGUGGAUUAGAGCCGUCACUGUCAAGUGAGGAGAACCUCCACGACCCGACUAAUUCCACCGCUCCCCUGGCUGAGGAGGAGGUAGACGAGGGGUUCCACGCUGAGGACGACUGCGUUCCUCUACCCGACUUACCCCAGCAAGCUGCAGUCCCCUUGGACAAGGAAUUAUUCCAAAGUGUCCCCCCUCCUCCAGCUGAAUUUGCUGAGGGGGUCCUCGUCAGCCCUACUUCGGCUCCCCCGAACGAACCCCAUCACCUCCGCAACCCCCAACUUCCCGAGCCUACUCCUCCUGCCAUCGCCAACGGAGUCACACCGCUAUCACGGCGGAGAACUAGCGAGGGGUCCGACUUCGAGGCCGAGAGUCAGGACCCGUGUUGCUCCAACCUGCCUGACACAGAGUCGGACUACGAUCAAGAGGAGUUUGAAGAGGCUCACGGGAGCUCAGGUGCGAGCAUCAGUGACGACCACAUCGCUGACAAGGACGUGCUACGGAAAUCAUCAUGCACCCACAACAGCCUGGACUCCUACAGAGGCAGCUCAGACUCGUUCAUCGACAGUGACGAGGACAACGACGGCUACGUGGACACGGACGAGGAGGUUUCCAACGGCAGGAUGAAUAUACUGAAUGGCAGCGGGCCUCCUUACUUCCAUGGCUACCUCUACAUGAAGAGCGGACUCAUGAUCCCGUGGCGUCGGCGCUGGUGCGUGCUGAAAGACGAGACCUUCAUGUGGUACCGGGCCAAGCAGGACUCCCUCAAGUCCGGCUGGCUUUACAAGAAAGGCGGAGGGAUGUCCACCCUGUCCCGGCGCAAUUGGAAGAUGCGCUGGUUCGUCCUGAGGGAGUCCAAGCUGAUGUACUUUGACAACGACAGCGAGGAGAAGCUCAAAGGGACUAUUGACAUCUGCACAGCCAAGGACAUAGUGGACAACCAUGAGAAGGAAAAUGCACUCAAUAUUGUGACGGAGGAGAGGACUUAUCACAUCUAUGCAGAAUCUCCUGAAGAUGCCAGUGGUUGGUUCAGUGUGCUGAGUAGUGUCCACAGUGCCAGCCCAGAGCAGCUCAUGGAGAUGCAUCAUGAACAGGCCAACCCAAAGAAUGCCGUGGGUACGCUAGAUGUGGGCUUGAUUGAUUCGGUUUGUGCGUCAGACAACCCAGACAGACCAAACUCGUUUGUGAUCAUCACCGCCAACCGAGUGAUCCACUGCAACACGGACACACCAGAGGAGAUGCAUCACUGGAUCGGUUUGCUGCAGAAAUCCAAGGGAGACUCCAAGGGCGAUGGGCAGGAGUUUUUGGUCCGAGGCUGGCUGCAUAAAGAGAUGAAGUCUGGGGUGAAAAGCACGUCUCUGAAGCUGAAGAAGCGCUGGUUUGUUCUCACCACGAACUCCCUCGACUACUACAAGUCAUCUGAACGCAGCGCCACCAAACUGGGAACGCUGGUCCUCAACAGUCUGUGUUCCGUGGUUCAACCGGAUGAAAAGGUCUUCAAAGAUACUGGUUACUGGAAUAUCAUCAUCCAUGGGCGCAAGCACUCCUACCGCCUGUACACCAAAAUGUUGAACGAAGCCAUGAGAUGGACAAACGCCAUACAAGGAGCCGUUGACAGCAAAGUCCCCAUUGAAACCCCAACACAGCAACUCAUCAGGGACAUCAAAGAGAGCAGUUUGAAUGUUGAGGCGGUGGAGCAGACGUACUGGAGGAACCCCAUCCUGAGAUACACCCAGCAUCCUUUGCACUCGCCUCUGCUGCCUCUGCCUUACGGAGACGUCAGCAUCCACUUGCAAAAGGAGAAGGGUUACACCAGCCUGCAAGACGAAGCUGUGAAGAUCUUCAACUCUCUGCAAGAGAUGGAGGCGGUCUCAGACCCGGUGCCCAUCAUCCAGGGAAUCCUGCAGACCUGCCAAGACCUGAGGCCGCUGAGAGACGAGGUCUACUGUCAGCUAAUCAAACAAACCAAUCACGUCUCCUACCCCAACAGCCCCGCCAACCGCGCCCACUGGCACCUUCUGACUUGCAUGAGCUGCACCUUCCUGCCCAGCCGCGGCAUCCUGCGCUACCUCAAGUUUCACCUCAAACGGAUCAAGGAGCUAUUCCCCGGCACGGAGAUUGAAAUGUUUGCUCAUUUCAUCUCCGAGUCCCUCAAGAAAACCAAAACCAGAGAGUUUGUUCCCUCCCAAGAGGAAAUAAUAGCACUGCUUACAAGACAGGAAAUGACCACAACAGUCUACUGUCACGGAGGAGGCUCCUGUAAGAUCUCCAUUAACUCACACACCACUGCUGGAGAGGUGGUGGAGAAGCUGAUAAGAGGUCUGGCCAUGGAGGACAGCAGGAACAUGUUUGCUCUGUUCGAGCACAACAGCACUAUUGACAGAGCUGUGGAGAGCAGGGUGCUAGUGGCCGACGUCCUGGCUAAAUUUGAAAGACUGGCUGGCAGCGUGGAAGCCGAAGACGAGGGCCAGUGGAGACUUUACUUCAAACUCUACUGCUUCCUGGACGUGGAAAGCAUGCCAAAGGAGGGGGUGGAGUUCGCCUUCAUGUUUGAGCAGGCCCACGAGAGUUUAACCAGAGGACACUUCCCCGCCCGCGAGGAGACGCUGCAGCACCUGGCCGCCCUGCGCCUGCAGUUCCUGCACGGCGACAAAACGCGGGCCGCCUGGGGCCUGGACAGCGUCUACCCCGUGGGCCGCCUGCGCAGCCGCAUCUUGCAGUACACCAAAGUGGGCGGGGCCUCGGGGUCGGGUCAGACGCUGGAGCGACGCAGGACCAGCUUCCUGGACGGGACUCUGCGGCGGGGCUUGAAGACGGGCUCGCUUAAAAAGCAGCGUGUGGAGGAGGAGCAGAUGCUGGAGAUGUGGGUGAAAGAGGAGAUGUCCGCCACCAGGGCCAGCAUUGUGGAGAAGUGGUCCCGCGUCCAAGGUCUGGUCCAACACCAGGCCAUGCUCAAGUACAUGACUAUCAUCAAGGAGUGGCCUGGGUAUGGAUCCACGCUGUUUGACGUCGAGUGCAAGGAAGGCGGCUUCCCUCAUGACCUUUGGUUGAGCGUGAGUGCGGAAAACGUGUCGGUGUACAAGAGAGGAGAGCCCAAGCCCCUGGAGACCUUCCCCUAUGAACACAUCAUAUUCUUUGGAGCGCCCCAGCCCUGCACCUACAAGAUCACUGUGGACGAGAGGGAGAUGUUCUUUGAAACACCGCAGGUCGGAGAGAUCACCAAGAUCAUGAAAGCCUACAUCAACAUGAUCGUGAAGAAGCGAUGCAGCGUGAAGUCGGUGUCCAGCUAUGGAAGCAACUGGAUCAGGUGAUUGUCAGCGCAGAGAAUGAAACAUUCUAUCUGCCAAUAUAGUGAUGAACAUCUUUUUUUAUAACUUAAGAAAAGCACCAUUUUCACGUCAGUAAGCCAUACUUGCCAACCCUCCCGAUUUUCCCGGGAGACUCCUGAAUUUCAGUGCCCCUCCCGAAAAUCUCCCGGGGCAACCAUUCUCCCAGAUCUCUCCCGAUUUCCACCCGGACAACAAUAUUGGGGACGUGCCUUUAGCGUCCUCUACAACCUGUCUACACGUCCGCUUUUCCUCCAUACAAACAGUCACAUAAUAUAUGUGGCUUUCACACACACAAACACAAGUGAAUACAAGGCAUACUUGGUCCACAGCCAUACAGGUCACACUGAUUGUGGCCGUAUAAACAACUUUAAAGGCCUACUGAAAUGAGAUUUUACUAUUUAAACGGGGAUAGCAGGUCCAUUCUAUGUGUCAUACUUGAUCAUUUCGCGAUAUUGCCAUAUUUUUGCUGAAAGGAUUUAGUAGAGAACAUCGACGAUAAAGUUCGCAACUUUUGGUCGCUAAUAAAAAAGCCUUGCCUGUACCGUAAGUAGCAGACGAUGUGCGCGUGACGUCACGGGUUGUGGAGCUCCUCACAUCUGAACAUUGUUUACAAUCAUAGCCACCAGCAGCAAGAGUGAUUCAGACCAAUAAAGUGACAAUUUUUCCAUUAAUUAGAGCGAAGAUGAAAGAUUCGUGGAUGAGGAAAGUUAGAGUGAAGCACUAGAAAAAGAAAAAAAAGGCAACGCAGUGGGAGUGAUUCAGUUAAUAUUAGACACAUUUAAACCGGUAUAGCUUGGUUGGUAGAGCAGCCGUGCCAGCAACUUGAGGGUUGCAGGUUCGAUCCCCGCUUCCGCCGUCCUAGUCACUGCCGUUGUGUCCUUGGGCAAGACAAUUUACCCACAGUCUCCCAGUGCUACCCACACUGGUUUAAAUGUAAAAAUUUGAUAUUGGGUUUCACUAUGUAAAGCGCUUUGAGUCACUAGAGAAAAAGCGCUAUAUAAAUGAUAAAUGGGUUGUACUUGUAUAGCGCUUUUCUACCUUCAAGGUACUCAAAGCGCUUUGACACUACUUCCACAUUUACCCAUUCACACACUGAAGGAGGGAGCUGCCAUGCAAGGCGCCAACCAGCACCCAUCAGGAGCAAGGGUGAAGUGUCUUGCUCAGGACACAACGGACGUGAUGAGGUUGGUUCUAGGUGGGAUUUGAACCAGUGACCCUCGGGUUGCGCACGGCCACUCUCCCACUGCGCCACGCUACGCCAAAUAUAAUUCACUUCACUUCACUACACUAGGAUAAUUCUGGAAAAUCCCUUAUCUGCUUAUUGUGUUAUUAGUGUUUUAGUGAGAUUAUAAAGUCAUACCUGAGAGUCGGAGGGGUGUGGUGACCGCCAGUGUCUCUGAGUGAAGCCACAGAGGAGCCAAGAAAGUCGCAGCUGCCUCUUUGACAGCCGCAGGAGGACGCGAGCUCCGCUCAUGUCUCCGGUAAGAGCCGACUUAUUACCACAAUUUUCUCACCGAAACCUGCCGGUUGACAUGUGGUCGGGAAACAUUUUCGCUAGACCGCUCUGUUCCAUAUUAAAGCUUCACAACAAACAAAGAAACACCGGCUGUGUUUUGGUUACUAACGGCAGCUGCAAUCCACCGCUUUCCACCAACAGCAUUCUUCUUUGACGUCUCCAUUAUUAAUUGAACAAAUUGCAAAAGAUUCAGCAACACAGAUGUCCAAAAUACUGUGUAACUAUGCAAUUAAAGCAGAAGACUUUUAGCCGUGAGUGGUGCUGGGAUAAAAUGUCCGCUCCAACCAAUAUACGUAAAUAUUAAAUGUUAUUAUAAAUGUGCCUGUUACUACAUUACAUUUGUGCAUAUUAAUACUUUUUUAAAGGCCUUAUAGGUAGAAUAGAGCGACUCCCAUAGGCUCCGUUGUGAACGCGUUUAUUUGUUAUUCAGAAUGCAUAAAAAACCCCAUCUGUGUUCUCGUCUUACAUAAUGAUAGCCAAACUUCUAAAAAAAAAUUGCAAUUCCCCUUUUAGGGGUUACGCCUGGUUUAUUUUGAACAUGCAUCAAGUUUGAUACGAUAGGUUACCAAUAUACUGUAUGUUAAAGCUGUUCAAUAACCUUUUUAUAGUUUCCAUGUCAAUUUUAUUAUAAUCAGUUGAGCUCUUGAUUUACACUUUUCAACAUAUCAAUUAAUUGACUCAUUUGUCACACCCUUGCGGAAUAUUGAGUUGCCUAUUGAGUCUGCCUAGUGGUGAAAUCGGUAGGUCGUGAGUUCAAAUCCCGGCCAAGUCAUACCAAAGACUAUAAAAAUGAGACCCAUUACCUCCCUGCUUGGCACUCAGCAUUAAGGGUUGGAAUUGGGGGUUAAAUCACCAUAAAUGAUUCCCGGGCGCGGCCACCGCUGCUGCUCACUGCUCCCCUCACCUCCCAGGGGGUGAUCAAGGGUGAUGGGUCAAAUGCAGAGAAUAAUUUUGCCACAUCUAGUAUGUGUGUGACAAUCAUUGGUACUUUAAUCCAAUCCAAUCCAAUCCACUUUAUUUAUAUAGCACAUUUAAACAACAAUAACGUUUCCAAAGUGCUGCACAGCCAUGUUAAAAACAAUAUUAUGCUCCACCAAUGACUGAAUAAAACAAAAAAUGAAUAAAAAUAAAACCAAUAAAAACAAUAUAAAAACAAAUAUGAUUAAAAACUAUUUUGAAGGGUAAAAUCAAUUAAAACUGUAAAAUAAAAAUAACUUUAACUUUAACUUCACAAGCACAUUAAUCCGCGACGUUUUCAACAGGACACUUUGCGGGAAAUUCCAUCCAUCCAUUUCCUACCGCUUAUUCCCUUUUUGGGGUGGCGGGGGGGCGCUGGCGCCUAUCUCAGCUACAAUCGGGCGGAAGGCGGGGUACACCCUGGACAAGUCGCCACCUCAUCGCAGGGCCAACACAGAUAGACAGACAACAUUCACACUCACAUUCACACACUAGGGACCAUUUUAGUGUUGCCAAUCAACCUAUCCCCAGGUGCAUGUCUUUGGAAGUGGGAGGAAGCCGGAGUACCCGGAGGGAACCCACGCAGUCACGGGGAGAACAUGCAAACUCCACACAGAAAGAUCCCGAGCCUGGAUUUGAACCCAGGACUGCAGGACCUUCGUAUUGUGAGGCAGACGCACUAACCCCUCUUCCACCGUGAAGCCCUCUGCGGGAAAUUUUAAAUUGCAAUUUAGUAAACUAAAAAGGCCGUAUUGGCAUGUGUUGCAAUGUUAAUAUUUCAUCAUUGAUAUAUAAACUAUCAGACUGCGUGGUCGCUAGUAGUGGCUUUCAGUAGGCCUUUAACACUGUUGCAAAUAUGCGCCACACUGUGAACCCACACCAAACAAGAAUGACAAACACAUUUCGGGAGAACAUCCACACCGUAACACAACAUAAACACAACAGAACAAGUACCCAGAAACCCAUGCAGCACUAACACUUCCGGGACAAUAUACACCCCCCCCCCCAUUCAGAGGUCUCAAGGUUGGCAAGUAUGCAGUAAGCGUCCAUCCAUCCAUUUUUCCUACCGCUUCUAAGGCCAAGUCAAUUCAGCUCAUGUUUUAUUGUCCUUUUUAUUUUUUUUUUUAUUUAACGAAUGUUUCCGGAAUAAGAGAUUUGCUCAGGUUGAUGUGUAAGUAACUGUAAACAAGCUUGCCUUACUAAGCUACGUCAAGACUAAUAUUUUUGGCUCCAUUGCGCGGAUGUGGCCUUUAAAGACAAAGUCGGGAGUUAGUAUCCCAAAAAAAAAAAAGAAAGUGCAGCUAACAUGAUUAUUUGUGUUACAAAGUGAUGCUGUCAAUAACCACUGCACACUAGUCGCGUGUUUCUAGAAGGAACAAAAGGAGCUUCCACCUUCUGUGUGUUAUUAAGUGUAAAUAUGCCAUGUUGCCAGAUUUGAGGGCGGGGGGUAUUUAUUUAUUUGCAGGAGUUCCUUUUGCUGCCGUUUAGGUUGAUUUGUGCACAUUGUUCACAAAACAGCUACUCAAUUGUGUGCCUUGAUGUCAAGCAAUCAUCCACAUUAAAAAAAAAUGUAUAAAAAAUAACAAAUGUGAGGUGUGUUGCCCCCCCCCAAACCUAACUAGAGAUGUCCGAUAAUGGCUUUUUUGCCGAUAUUGCCCAACUCUUCCGAUAUCAACCGAUACCGA